ACAGAUUAGCCUUCACCCAACACGAAUCCCUUUCGUUCAGAGGCAAUUCGAUCGUCAGGUGCCGCAGCUUGUUGGAGCCUGGAAGUAGGAGGAAGAGCAGUAGCUAGUGGUGUAACCAUGGCGCAGCCGCAGCCGAGAAGGGAAGACCAGGCGCUGCGCCAGGCUCAGCAGGGCAACAUGGCCCCGGCAGCCGCCGCCCCGCAGCAGGAGCCCAUCAAGUACGGCGACGCCUUCUCCGUGAAGGGCGAGUUGGCCGCGCAGCCCAUCGCGCCGCGCGACGCGGCGGCCAUGCGCUCCGCCGAGGACAGCGUGCCGGGCGUCCAGGUCCCGCAGGAGAGCGGCGGCGGGUUCAGCGCCGCGGCCUUCAUGGAGUCCGCGGCCCAGUACAACGAGGCCGUCGGCGCCGUCCGGCCAGGCCAGGCCAGCGACGCCGCCGCCAAGCACGGGAUCAACGUCACCCAGGACGCCGUGCCCGGCGGACGCAUCGUCACCGAGUUCGUCGCAGGCCAGGUGGUAGGGCAGUACGCCGUCGCCGAAGCGGCGCCGGCGCAGCAGGACGCGGCGGGUGCCAACAAGGCCGCCGGGGGCGGCGGUGGUGCGGGCCACGGUGACGCAGGCGGAGCUCCCGGAGCGCGCGGCGGGCCAGCGGCGGCGAGGGGCAACUGAGAUGUUCCUACGUAUGUAAUCAACAUGCUCCAGGCCAGCGUACGAAGAACUCAUCAUGUGACCGCAGUGUGCAGACAGACCUACGCUAGAAGCUUUGUUAUGUAUCAGUUUGCUAUGUAUGCAACUGUGUACUGAAAUAAGAUAUAUUUCUUCAAAGCCAUC